AUGUCAACCUCCCAGAUCUACCCAGUCUACAAAGUCAAGUUGAAACUGGCGAUCCAAGACCCAGACAUGCCAUCACCCCGCUACCACACCAUACUCUUCGUCCAGACAAACGAGCCAGAUCCGCGCAGCGGUAUCAAGCACCACGUCACCGGGGAUAUUGUGGCUGGCAUGCACUACGAGGCGGCAGCAUACAACGACCCCGAGGCUGAUGAGAACUUUGUUUCCAAGGAGCUCAUCGGACAUACCAGAGCUCUUAAUUAUCCUAAGAACUGGAACGAUAUUCUCAAGUCGAUUCCGGCGCCCCCGAAACAGAAGGCCUUCAAUAAAGUGACGAUGAGGACUGAGCCGAUUAAGAGUUGGGAUCCCUUGGUUUUUUACGAGCCUGGAGAACCCCGUCAGCCUCUCAUUAAAUGUACGGAGUGGAUUGAGGACCAGGCUAUUCCAAUAUUGAUCAAUGCAGGGUUGAUUCAGUGGAGACAUGAGCGUAUAGCUGGUGCGGAGGGUUAG